AUGUAAUUAAUUUAAUAAUAAAAAAAAAAAAAAACUUUUUUUUUUUUUUUUUUUAGGAAUAAAAUAUUUAAAAAUAAAAAUAAAAAUAAAUAAAAAAUAAAUAAAAAUUUAAUAAUAAGGAGUGAUUAUUAAAAUACUUAAUCCUUAAAAACUUUAGCAAUUUCAAAUAAUUAAUAAUAUAAACAGACGAAAACAAGUACUCCUAAUUCUAGAGGAGUAACUCCUUCAAAAAAAAAAGUCCAAAAAUCGCCUAUAAGUAAAAAAUAUCCCCAAGUGGAUUCAUGGCAAUAAAUAGAAGGAAAUUAAAAUGAAUAUUAUAACUAAAAAUUAAAUAUUUUAUAAGAAUAAUUUAAUACAGUAUAGAAUUAAAAUUUAAAACUAAAUAAAGAAAAUGAGAAUUUAAGAUUAAUAAAUUUCGAAUAUGUCAAAAAAUUAAACGAAAUUUCUUCAAGUAAAUUAAAAGCUGCUGAAAAAAUUAUAAUAAAUACAGAUUUUUUCGAAUCUGAAAAUAUAUAACAAAAAGUAAAAGAUUUUAUAAGAAAAUUAGCAAAUAAUUACAAGAUUUUAGAAAAAGAGUAAACUAAAUUAAUAAAUUAUUGUAAAGUUAUGGAAGCAGAUAUUGAAAAUUAUAAAAGCAAAGUAGCUGAGGCUUAAGAAAUUUAAGAAAAUUUAAGAAAAACAGGAUAAGAGUCUAUUGAAAGUUUAGUUUAAUCUUUAAAAGAUUUAAAUGAUAGAUUAGAACAAUUAACUGUUUAAAAUAAAGAAAUGAAUUUCUAAUUGGCUAUCAAAAAUGAAAAUAUAGAAAAUUUAAAUAACUAAAUUUCUGAUUUAAAUUAUUAAUAGAGAGAAAAAACAAAGGAAUAUGAUAAUCUCGUUCAAAAAUAUAAUACAUGUGUAAGUGGACAACAGGAAAAGUAAAAUGGAGAUGGCAAAAUUAUUUAUGCACUUAAAUGUAAAUGUGAUCAUUUAGAACAUGAGUUAAGAUAAAUGUAAGGAAACUUGUAUAUUAAUACUAGGGAAAUUCAAGAAAUGGAUAUAUUUUUAAAUAUUUAAGACAUCUGCUGA